AUGUUCGACUACACCAACUUCGACCACGUCUUCGGGGCGGAGCAGUUCCCUUACGAUCGCAAGUCCGUUCAGGAAAUCGACACCUACCGCAAGAGCCUCGAUGGCGCCCUAUUCAUCGACAGGGUCCUGAAAGCCUUGGGUCUCACCAAGUCCAAGACAUAUCCUCCCAAAACCGAGAAUGCUCUGCGCACGCUACACCAACAAUUAUGCGAAGCCACCAUGUCAACGCACCACCGACUCUCCAUCUUCUACUACAUCCUGCUGGACUUUGACACGAGCCAGACUAGAUCUCAGGCAUCGUCAAAGUUCGCCGUGACGUCCGGUGUUCCCAAGAACUAUCAGAUCUUCAUGAAGGGCCUUUGGCUCCUGGACCAUCAACAAUUCGAGAAAGCACUCGAGUACAUUGCGCACCCCUCUCUGACCACCGAUUUCGCCGACGAGAUCAUGACAGCACUUGUGCGCAAUGCUCCCGACGGCGACUAUACGCUGCCUCUAUCAUACUUCCACACAGUUCAGCCAAUUCUCAAGACAUCCGAGGCUCUCGAGCUUCUCUUCGACGCCAUGUCACGAACCAGCGUCACCGAAGCCCUCUACUUCUCCAGAACCCAUGCCGAUGCUGUCAGGGCACAGCUGUUCCGCCAGCUUGUCUCUAACGUGAUUGGCGCCCCUGCAAACGAAGAGACAGCCGCACGGUCAACCGAGCUCAUUGGCUUGCCCUUCGAUGCCGCGGAGGAGGCCUGGUUCGAGGCAUUCCUUUCUCGCGAAGACGGAAAGAAGCUCAAGAGAGCGCGAGACACACUCCUUGUGAGAAAGCUGGUGACGGGCCGGCUAAGCGAAGCUGUGCAGGACAAGAACCAUGGAGGUGGCUGGGGAGUGGUGCUGGAAGGUGUUAAGAGCGGCCUGGGCGGCCGAGUAGAACAACAUGUCGUCGCCGGCUCUGGUUCACCAAGCAAACAUCGUCACUCGGUGUCCGUGACCGCUGAUGCCGUACUGUCCACGACCCCUGUCCGCCGUGAAUCUGCCACGGCGGGACAUUCGGAGCCAGCGCAGACUCCACAGACGCGCUUCGUUGGCGAUCUUAACCCGGAGGGCAUGUUCGCCGAGGCCGCCGACUCAGAUCCGGCCGCUAACCCUACGCAGAAGGCCGAGGUGGGUGUCUGGCUUCCGUCACUCAACGCCGCUUCGGCCCAGUCGACAACAUCGGUUGUCUCGCGUCCGUCGGCUAUUAUCGACAAGGUCUUGCUGCCUUACGUCAAGCAGAAUUGUCUCACCUGUAUCCCGCCGGAGAAGGACUACAAACAUCUCCACAAGGUGUACCGAGACAAGAUCCAUCCUAUUUUCGGCCUUAUCCCCGACGAGGCUUUGGAUGAUGGCGAUUCCCCAGCAGCUAUUGUCAUGCGACAAGUGGUGUGUCUGGCUGCUGCCACUGACCCUGACAUGAAAAGCCACUUGCGCCUCGCUACGCAGGGAAACAAGAGGCUCUCGUACCAAGACUUCUCCCAGACGCUGUCCAGCUCUAUACGGGCCAUCCUGGAUACGAGCUUGAUCUCGGACCGGACGAUACACAUACGUGCCUUGUGCAUGCUAUCCCUCUAUGCCCAGCCUUCCGGUGCUGAUGAAGCAGACUUGCCUGCUCAACUUGGCGCCAGGGCGGCGCAUCAUUCGCAGACCCUCGGGUUACACCUUUUUCACUCUAGCAAUGACUCUCUCGACACCCUUUUCUGCGCUGUUUGGGCACUGGAUCGAAUCAAUGCGGCGACGUACGGGAGACCUUGCGUUCUGCACGAGGGUGACAUCGGUCCCGGGCUAGACGACUGUUUCCGCAGACAAGCACCCUGCUUCCAACUCUUUCUAUCGGUCGUGCAGUGGCUCGACAAGGUGAUCGAACUCUACCGUCCGGGUGUCAUUGCUCAGUCGCUGGAGGCCAAGCCCUUUAUCGAUCUGCCGGUCCUCGAGCCCAUGAUCCUCGAAGCCAAUGCUUUACAGGUUCCCACCCCGCUUCUUGCGACUAUCGAGGUCUUCUACCACGCCGUCAUUAUCCUCUCAUGCCGCUUAUCCAGACCCGGGCCUCCAGCACAAUACGCAUCAUCAGUACCACCGCCCUCAGCAAACGCACGACGCUCCCUGGCAGCCGAGCGAAUAUCCUCCGCCAUCCGCCGGGACCAUCUAAGUCCCGUCCCUCUCGUCCCAUACGCCCUCUCCCUAGCUCUCAGCGUCGAGUACCGCAAAAUGCGACACAGCGCCCUUCCAAUGUUCCGCGCCCGCGCCCGCAGCGCAUUCAAGUCUAACUCGGAGCUGAUGAAGAGAUUCGGCGACGUCUUUUGGAGCGCACGGGUCGUCGCAGGGCUAGGCGAGCGUAUCUUGCGAGAGAUGGAGCGGGCCGCAAACUCCAUUGCCCAAGAAGGGGGAGCGGCUUUGCCAGCUGCUGCUAUUGUCGACGUACCUACGAAUGGUAAAGUUGAUGAGCCUUUGGUGGUUGACGGGGCGCCGGCCGAGCCGCCGUCGGCUCCCCUGGCUCCUGCGUCGACCGCCGAGCUCCCGGCACUGGAAGCCAUUGACUUUUCGAUUGUUGAUGCGAUGCCGCAUCUAGAUGUCUUUGGCCACUUCGACCCGAGCUUCAAUCUGUCGGCAGUCGAUAACGCUCUGGAGGCUAACCUCGAUAUAGGGCUGCCCCUCAACUGGGGCGAGUGGGAUCAAUUUGCUGGUUGA